GCGGGUCCAGAUGGAGUAUCGCCACGACUGCUGAAGGUCUCUGCAUCGGAGCUGGGGGGUCCUCUACAGCGCAUCUUCAACCUGAGCCUGGAACAGGGGAGAGUCCCGAGGCUUUGGAAAACAUCUUGUAUCACCCCAGUCCCAAAGGUAUCACGUCCUAGUGAGCUGAAUGACUUCCGGCCUGUCGCUCUGACGUCACAUGUGAUGAAGACCAUGGAGCGGCUGCUGCUUCACCACCUGAGGCCACAGGUCCGCCACGCCCUCGACCCUCUGCAGUUCGCAUACCAGGAGAAGGUGGGAGCGGAGGAUACCAUCAUCUACAUGCUACACCGAUCCCUCUCCCACUUGGACAGAGGCAGUGGUGCUGUAAGAAUUAUGUUUCUGGACUUCUCUAGCACCUUCAACACCAUCCAACCUCUGCUCCUUAGGGACAAGCUGAUAGAGAUGGGAGUAGAUUCAUACCUGGUGGCAUGGAUCGUGGACUAUCUUACAGACAGAUCUCAGUAUGUGUGUCUCGGAAACUGCAGGUCUGACAUUGUGGUCAGCAACACAGGAGCGCCGCAGGGAACUGUACUUUCUCCGGUCCUGUUCAGCCUAUAUACAUCGGACUUCCAAUACAACUCGGAGUCCUGCCACGUGCAAAAGUUCACUGACGACACUGCUAUCGUGGCCUGCAUCAGGAGUGGGCAGGAGGAGGAGUAUAGGAACCUAAUCAAGGACUUUGUUAAAUGGUGCGACUCAAACCACCGACAACUGAACACCAGCAAAACCAAGGAGCUGGUUGUGGAUUUUAGGAGGACCAGGCCCCUCAUGGACCCCGUGAUCAUCAGAGGUGACUGUGUGCAGAGGGUGCAGACCUAUAAAUAUCUGGGAGUGCAGCUGGAUGAUAAAUUAGACUGGACUGCCAAUACUGAUGCUCUGUGUAAGAGAGGACAGAGCCGACUAUACUUCCUUAGAAGGCUGGCGUCCUUCAACAUCUGUAAGAUGCUGCAGAUGUUCUAUCAGACGGUUGUGACGAGCGCCCUCUUCUAUGCAGUGGUGUGCUGGGGAGGCAGCAUAAAGAAGAGGGACGCCUCACGACUGGACAAACUGGUGAGGAAGGCAGGCUCUAUUGUAGGCAUGGAGCUGGACAGUCUGACAUCUAUGGCAGAGCGACGGGCACUGAGCAGACUCCUGUCAAUCAUGGAGAAUCCACUGCAUCUACUGAACAGGAUCAUCUCCAGACAGAGGAGCAGCUUCAGCGACUGACUGCUGUCACCGUCCUGCUCCACUGACAGACUGAGGAGAUCGU